UUUCGUGCAUGAUUUCCCCGGCGCGGAUCCGCCGCUCGGAUGUUGUUCGCUGGGGAGCGGAGCUGAUCCGACCUUUUCCUCCGAUGCUAUGACCGGGAAACUGCUGGAGAAGCUGCCGGGGACGAUGAGCACUUUGCUGAACCAACUGCCCGACUCUCUGUACCCGGAGGAGAUCCCCAACUCUUUGAAUCUCUUCUCCGGCGGCGGCGGAGGAGGCGAUCCGGUGCCUCACUACAACCAGAUGGCUGCAGACAAUGUGAUGGACAUUGGCAUCGGGAACGAAAAGCCCAACCAGGAAUUGUCGUCCUAUUCGGGGACGUUCCAGCCGGCCGCGGGCAACAAAACCGUCACCUACCUGGGGAAGUUCGCCUUCGAUUCGCCCUCCAAUUGGUGCCAGGAUAACAUCAUCAGCCUGAUGAGCGCCGGCAUCCUGGGGGUGCCGCCGGCCGCGGGGACGCUCAGCGGGACGCAGAGCUCGGGGGGCGGAAUGGGGGGACCUCCGCAGGGCGACGUGGACCAGAUGUACCCCGCGCUGCCGCCCUACUCCUCCUGCAGCGACCUCUACCCGGAGCCCGUCUCCUUCCACGACCCGCAGAGCAACGCCGGCCUCACCUAUUCCCCGCAGGAUUACCAAGCGGCCAAACCCGCCCUGGACAGCAACCUGUUCCCCAUGAUCCCAGACUAUAACCUCUACCACCACCCCAACGAGAUGGGCGCCAUCACGGAGCACAAACCCUUCCAGAGCUUGGACCCCAUCCGCGUCAACCCGCCGCCCAUCACCCCGCUGGAGACCAUCAAGGCCUUCAAGGACAAACAGAUCCACCCGGGCUUCGGGGGGCUCCCGCAACCCCCCCUGACCCUAAAACCCAUCCGGCCCCGCAAAUACCCCAACCGGCCCAGCAAAACCCCGCUGCACGAGCGGCCCCACGCCUGCCCGGCCGAGGGCUGCGACCGCCGCUUCUCGCGUUCCGACGAGCUCACCCGGCACCUGCGCAUCCACACGGGCCACAAACCCUUCCAGUGCCGCAUCUGCAUGCGCAGCUUCAGCCGCAGCGACCACCUCACCACCCACAUCCGCACCCACACCGGCGAGAAGCCCUUCGCCUGCGAGUUCUGCGGCCGCAAAUUCGCCCGCUCCGACGAGCGCAAGCGGCACGCCAAGAUCCACCUCAAGCAGAAGGAGAAGAAGGCCGAGAAAGGCUCGGCCGGGCCGCCCCCCCCCGCAGCCCCUCCCGUCGCCACCUCCUCGCCCCCCGUCGCCCUCACCCCCGCUGUCACCACGUGCGCCUGAGCGCUGCUCGGGGACGGAGCG